AUGAUGAUCACGAAUCCCAAUAGAAGAUUGCUGGAAGUAACAGAUUUUACGUUUUCAUUUCUACUUGAACAACUUCCCAGUAUUAAUAAUGACCGGUUUAAACAAAUUGUCAAUGAACAUUACCCUCAAUAUUUCAAUAUUCAUUCCAAAGAGAAUCAUAAACAAUUUCAACCUAUAAAUUCAUUGGUUUAUCAUGAUAUCUUACAAAAUUAUACCGAUGCUAAUCAUCUUAUAAAUGGUAAUUUAUUCUAUGUGAUCAAAAAUCUAAACCUUCGUCAAAGAUGUCAAUUAUACUUUAAUCAAAAUCCAUCAGUGGAUCCCACUCAUGAUAUACCUUUUGAUAGAAUGGAAUUACAAGAUUGGGAAGGAUAUAAAGAAGAAGCCAUUUCUAGACUUAAACGAGAAAGAAGGGAUAAGUUACAAGAAGAAAAGGGCGAUGGUGUGGAGAUUUCUGAUGAUGAUAUAGAAAUCACAACUGAAGACAUAGACAAGAUUUUGGAUAAAUAUAAUGAAGCAAAACGAAGAAUAGAGCUUGAUGAACAAUUAAUUCAUGAUUAUUUAACUCAUGUUAAAGUUUUUAAUCGGUGUUUUUUAAAUGAAGAUGAUGAAACAUUCUUUACUCAGCAACAAAAGCUAGUGGCUGUUUUAACAAUCAAAGAUUCUCAUCGUGAAGUUGUUAUUAGAUUGAUUCAUUUAUUAAGAUAUUUGAAAAAUGAUCUUCCAAUUCAAAUCAUUUAUCAACAAGAAUCUAUCUCAUAUGAAACAAAAUAUCAAAUUAUUCAAGCUUGUAGUUCGAGAUUCGACAAUUUACCAAUUCAAAAAGUCACUUUUGUUAACGUGACCCCAGCAAUUCAUCCCGAUUAUGCUCAUAAAUUUGAAUCCUUCGCUAAUAAAAUCUUGGCAGUCUUAUUCAACACUUUUGAGGAAAUUAUCUUAAUCGAUGCUGAUACUGUAUUAACCCAACCUCCAAGAUCAUUUUUCAACUUAUCGAAAUAUCAAUCAUUUGGGACAUUAUUCUUCCGUGAUCGAACCACAGUAGAAUAUAGACCAAAGGAUGAUAUUGAAUUCUUUAAGAAAUUAAUGAAUAAUCAACUUGAUGAAAUUUUAUUUAAUCUCCCACAAAAUACUGAUUUCACAUUUUCCAAUCCAUUCUUUGAACAAAAUUUAAGUCAUAUAAUGGAAUCAGGAUUAGUUUUAAUUAAUAGAAAGAUGCAUUUCGAUCAAGCUUUAAUUAUGGCUACCAUGAAUUUCUUCGCACCGGUUGGAUUUAGAAUGUAUGGAGAAAAAGAAUUAUUUUGGUUAUCGUUAGCUAUAACUGGAAAUGAAAAUUAUCAAUUCAAUGAACACCCCGCGGCUGCAAUUGGUGAAUACACACCUGAUUGGAUAAGAUCGAAAGAUUUUGGCGAUGGUAAAGAACAUAAAUUCUUAUCGAAAGAGAUUUGUGCCAAUCAUCCCGCCCAUAUUUCUGACGAAGAUAAUCAUACUUUAUUAUGGUUCAAUUCCGGGUUUAAAUUUUGUAAUCAAGAAAACGCCAAUUUGGAUGACGAAUUCGGCCAUAAGAAUCGAUAUAUGAACCUCAAAACAUUAGAAGCAUUCAAGACAUUUAUGAAUAAUAAAAUCCGAAUCAAGAGUGCAAUUGUUCCACCAAAACAAAAAAUACAUGCUCCUAAUGAUAUCGGAGAAGCCGAUCGUUCUUGGGCCCAUUUUGGACAAUAUUGUGGAGGAUAUACUUGGUGUGCAUAUUCUUCAAUUGGUGAAGCUAAAACUAAAGAAGAACGGGGGUUGGUUAUAAAUUUCACUCCGGCGGAAGUUAAACAUUUUGAAAAGAUUGGUGAUGUAUGGAUGGGUGAGUUUGAUUAUAGGAGUGGUGAUGAAAUAGAAUCUCAGGCAAGAAUAUUGGUGGAUUUAGAUAAGGGAGAUCGUGAGAUGAGUGACAAUGAGUAUAAGGAACGGGUGGAAGUGGAGAUAGCGAAAAUGAUUAGACGUCAACAGGAGUUACAUCCACACUCCGUACCACACUCCGUACCACCCUUCGUACCACGAAUCAGAAUUGUUCUGUUUUCUGAUAUAGGACUCGUUUUAGAUACUGUGUAUGUAUCAGUUUUAAUUUAUAACGACAUUUGUACUUUUGGAUAG